AUGAAUCUGUUGACUGGAGAGACUCAGGCCCAUCGUGACCUUAUUGCCUCUCCAGACACUCCGGCUGACGUCCGCUAUCUUCCACCCUGUACGCAUUGGCAUCCGAACCUCACUAUCCACCUUGUCGAUGACCACACUCCUUGGACUCAAGGCUCUGUGCCUGCACAACUUAACCAAUUCAUCGAGUUCUAUCCACCUACCAAUCAGUACUACCCGGUGCUUUAUUUGAACGAUUAUUGGAAUCUGAACGAGGACUAUCAACCAGUAAACAAAACCACACCAAGUCUCCAACUUCGGCUUUACUUUUCACCCAUCAGUCUUUUCCGCUGGCAGCUUUAUGUAGCCCAAACAACUCGGCAUUCUUGGUACGCCAGUUUUCUUGGUGGCAGUAGCAGUGACCGUGUGGGCAGUGGACUUACAUCUGAUUCCGGAGCUGACAGUGUAACCACUGAGCCAAGUGCAGGGUUUGCUGGAAUCUCUUCACAGCUAUUCACUGAAGAUGAUGAUGAGGAUCAGGAUGCGCUGAAAUGCGAUCAUGCAUUGAUAACUGGGAAUUUGUUCGCUUCAACAGCAACAUUUUCCUGA